AUGGCUUCCCCCACCUCGACCGCACUGCCGUCGCGCACCGCUACCGGCCUGAGUUCCGAGGAUGCCGUCCCCGGCACAGAUCCCACAACCACUGCCGGCCUGCUCGCCGAGCGCCUCCAGGCGUGGAAGCACGCCAUCGGAUACCUCGAGGACUACGUUUCGGCCGUGGAGAAGCUUCACGGGCGGCACGCCAAGGAGUACGAAAAGGUGCUCAAGACAAUCUCCAACCCGCUGCGCGAGGGCCACCACUUUGACCAGUCGCUCGGGGGCGUCGCGGGCUUCUUUGAGAACCUGCGGGCCAACACGCAGGCCAUGAUCAACACCAACCUCGAGACGGAGAAGAGCAUCAAGGGGUCGGUGCUGCCCAUUCUCGAGCGCCUGCACAAGGAGAUCAAGCACAAGGCCAAGGAGCUCGAGUCGGGCGCCAACUCGGGCGCGCGCGAGGUGGAGAAGCUGCGCAACACGACGCAGAAGCACAUUGAGCUGCUCGGACAGCAGACGGCCUCGUAUGACGCCGCCGGAGGCCGCAUCGCCGGCGCGGACGACCCCUACGUCAUCUAUCGCGGCGUCCUGCACCGCCUGUCUAACCAGGUCAUCGCUGAGAACAACCACACAAACGACCUCAUUUCUGUGCAAAACAACUUUGAAAUGUUCGAGGCCCACAUCAUCGAGGUGCUGCAAGAGGCCAUGGCCGGCUUUGUCCAGCUCAGCGGCGGCCAGGCGGAUAAGAUCCGCGCGCUGCACAACGAUAUCCUCGGCACCAUCCAGUGCGUGCCCAAGGGCUUCGAAUGGGCCAACUUUGCCACGCGCUGCUCCGACCGCCUCGCCAACCCGGACGACCCCGCGCGCUCCGUCGACGCCAUCUCCUUCCCCAACAUGGAUCACGCCGCCACCAAGCCUCUUAUCGAGGGCUCACUCGAGCGCAAGUCGCGCAACAAGCUUUCCUUUGGCUACUCGACGGGCUACUACGUCGUCACCCCCGCGCGCUUCCUCCACGAGUUCAAGGACUCGGACGACGCGCGCCAGGAUCCUAAACCCGAGCUCAGCAUCUACCUGCCCGACGCCGUCAUUGGCGCCCCCAGCGGCGAAAAGUUCAACAUCAAAGGCAAAGACCGCAGCAAGACUCUCUCCAGCAAGCUCACCGGCAACUCCGAGUUUGCCUUCAAGGCCCACACCGCCGCCGACGCGCAAAAGUGGUUCCAGGUCGUCCAGGGCGUCUGCGGCGCCACCGGGCCCGCUGAGCCCAACUCGCCCGUGUCGCCGAGCUCGCCCGCGUCAAUUAGCCCCAAGGACGACGCGCUCCCCCUCAACUCGCCCGUCGAACCCGGCAAGUCUGCUCUGCACCCGGACCAGGAGAUUGGCGUCACGAGAAGCGCCUCUGGAGCUGCCCAGAGCAUGCGCAGCGUCUCGGGCGCGUCGACUAAGCCUGCGGCCGCGGCAGCGGUGCCAUAUGACGAGAAAAAGGUCGCUCAGCCCGACCUAUCCUGA